UAGGGCACGGGGCAUCCACUACAAGCACAACACAAGACGAACCCAGACGGUAAGAGCUCAAGGAAGAUACCAUGGAGGGCGGCCGUAAGCAAUGGCAAGCGCAGCUGGCGGGGAUCGCGCUCGCGUUCCUCCUCUUCGCGCCUGCGUUGCUGCCGUGCGCGGGCGCCGAGGCCGACGGCGAGAAGGACGGGCUGGCGUCGCCUGGGAAGACUGUGCCGCCGGUUCCGCCUGGGUGGACCGGCGACUCGGGGUCCGCCCAGGGGUCCAGCCCUGACGGUUCCAGCUGGAAGUACGAGUGGGGAUGGGCUGCUGGGCCGGGUGGAAAGGGCUCCGGCUUCGGAUACGGUUACGGUGGUGGCAGCGGUGAUGCGGGCGGCGGGGGCGAAGGUGGUGGCAGUGGAAGAGGCGGUGGCGGAGGAAACGGAAGAACGUUUGGUCCACGCGAUCGGGGGUACGGUGGACAUUCCGGUGGCUAUGGUGGCAAUGGUGCUGGUGGUUAUAAUGGCGAAGGAGCGUUUGGCGGCGAAGAUGGUGGCGCUGGCUGGAACAAGCGCGGCGGAUUCCGGGGUGGACGGACGGAGAAGAAGCAGGACGGUGGCGGCAAAAACUGAAGCCGCCCGUACUUGUAUGGCUGUACCCUAUACGUAUGGUGUAUUCCCUCCUUCCUAAAUAGUUCUCUGUUCCUAAAUAAUUACUAGCAAAAGAGCCCGUGUGUUGCAACGGAAGAAAAUAA